UCCAAUCUUUAUCUCCAUGUCAAUGGGUUUACCACUUUUAAAAGCUAAAAUGAGGUCAAUUUAAAAAAAGGUUUGAGCAUGAUACUAGCUGAGAAGCAUGUUUAUUUCAUUACUUUGUCACUUGACACCAAAUGGUCUGCCUUCAGCCUGUGAUACUCGGUCUACUCGGGGACUCGCUCUCUGAAGUCACUGCUAUUUCAGUGUAUUUUCUAACACCGAGUCUUGGCUACAGCCAUGCCUCUGUUGGAGCAGGGGUCUUAAUUUUUAAAACAGUUGGAAACAAUUUAACUACUAUAAGAUGGAAUCCAAGGCCAAACGGAAAGAAGCCCAACCUUUUCACCUUUUGCGAAGUGACCUGCUUAAAAGCAAGACUUCAUAAUUAGGCAAUCUGAGAGAGCGAUAGAAGCAACUGUGUCCUGCUCAUGUGAGCCAGUAUUUAAAAUGAGCUCUCUGGAAAAGUGCCAAGCAGGUCGGCGAGGAAGCACACACGGCCCUCGCAAAUGCUCUGAUGGCAUCAGUGACACGUCGAGUGUGGGAAGCUUCAUGGAUGAUACAGACAGGGAGGUAAGCAGCCUCACUGAUCGAGCCUUCAGGAGUUUGUGUAUAGGAGAGGAUGCAGUCUACAAUGACAUGGAGGUUUCCUCCCCUGCAGAUCAGCACACAGUCUUUGCUCAAGAAGCCCUGCAAAAGAACGAUUUAAGGACAACCUGCCAGGAGUUCUCUUCUCAUGAUAUUCAGUGUGAGGAGACUGAGAGAAAACCUGAAUUGGCCUCAACAUUCCAGCAUUCCUGUGUGGUUGUAGCACAAGAGCAUGUUUUCAGAGAGAAGAGUUUGUCUUAUAUAAGCAAUGGCUGUAUGGAGGGGACUUGGCAGCAGAAGAGAAGCACUUCCAGAGUUUCAUCACUCAUUAAAGACUUCAGUUCAGGGGAGAAUUACUGUGACAGUGGGGCUCCUGAUACUGUACAAGACAAAUAUCAAGACUUUAAUAACAAGUUAUGGAACAAAUCAGCUCUGCUAAGUGUUCAAAGUGAACUGUCAGAAGUCAAUUCUGGUUACAAUACAAAUUUUAAAUCAGGCCCUUUACAAUCUCAUGUUAAUAAUUUUCAUGCAGUUGCCCGGAUGAACUCAGCAACAUCCUCAAAAACAAAGUUCAAGGCACUAAACACCAAUAACCUUUUCUUUCACAGUGAAUUCAGUCCUUUUCAGUUGUGGAAGGAUUAUAACAGAUUCCCCUUUGAAAGAGACGAACCCUCAGGGGUUGUGUCAACCAGUGGAUUUCCAAGGUGGUACGAUUCUGCUCUCUACAAAGAACUAUCAGCCACACACAGGAUUUUGAGCUCUCCUGCAGAAGGCAAGCAGUUUACACAAAGAAAAUUCGAAGACAUCGCUGCCUCUCAGUGCUCUAGGUCUACAGUAAUCCAAAAAGCCUCAGCCAUAGAGAAGAGAUGUGAGUCUGAAAUUUCAUCUAACUGCCCGCCAUGGAAAAAUAAUAGCUUUGUGAAAAGCAAACUGCCAAGCAAUCGGCCAUCUACAGUCUCACCAACCAAUGAGAAAGUUCACAGACCAGAUUCCAGCUUGCUUUAUCAUAGUAGAAAUACAUUAGAAAUUCAGCACAAAGUAGGGAGAGUGGGCAGCAGUGAGAUGUCCAAUAGAACAACCCCAUUCAACAUUACUCAACUUCUGACACCUGUAAUUCCUGUAAGACAGGAAACAGAAACAUCAGAAAUUCUGCAAUUUGCACACACUCCCUUGGGUAUUGAGUGUGACAGUGACUUGAAAGCACAGUCUGAUGUCAAACAGCUGCGUGAUAGCUAUAAAUCCAAAGCAUCCAGUCUAUUGUUCAACCUUAAAGACAACAGAAAACGGGUCAAGAGCACAUACAGUCCUACAAAAUUUAAAAUUUCAGAGAUUUCUGAUAGGAAUAAGCAAGCAUCAAAACAAGAAGGCCGCGAAUCCAGACUUUCAGAAACAUCAGGAUCAAAAGUGCCCAAUCAGGAACAUACUGCAGCUUCUGCUGCUUGGGAACUUUGUAACCCAGUCCAAACAAAUUAUGAUCUCUCCUUGUUGCAAACUACGGAGCACAAACGGUAUGCUGAUAAAUCACCUAACAGUAUGACCUUAGUGUCUCGGUAUGGCAAUACAAACUCUAAUAUCUCUCAUCUGGGCUCACAGAACAGUCAUCCUGAUUCGCUUACUAACAGAGAUAGUGAGCAUUAUGAGGUAUUAACAAAUUCAGGACAUGGAAGUAGCGGUGGGUGCCCAGUGGGUCACAUUAAUGACAGUAUGAGGACAUUUGGCACAAAACCAGAAAAAGAAAAGAUCUCCAAAGCACAACUACCAGCACACCUGUCAGCUGACAUGUCAGUAAAACAAACUUUCUUUAGCAGAGAAGAUGACGCUCAUCAGAACUUCAAAGAGUCGAAGAACUUUGUGAAAAAAGCAAGUGUUGGAUAUAUCAAUAAGCAUAUGAAAGAAAUGGUUAAUAAUAAUGAGAUACAAGAUGCACUGCCAUAUAAGGGAGAAAUAGCUACACUUAUAGAAAUGGACAAACAGAGGAAAGUCAACGCUAAGCAAUAUUUACCUUUAGUCAAUGAGAGCUACACUAUGAGAAAGGAGAUAUGUACAAAUAAAGUGAAUGAGAAUGUAAAUGGGAGUUGGCUUCCAAGAGACAAACAGAUUCAGGAAACAGAAAGCUCUUUCCAGAAAUAUACUGAAAAAUGUUUCUCAAAAAAACAGGUAAAAGAUGAUCAUACAACUACACCUGCAACAUCUGAAACUUUUUAUGAGUUUCAACAUAAUGGUCUACAAAAAAUGGCAAACAACAGAAGGGGAUCAGAAAUGACAACAUAUGAAAAAGCUGAAGUUUCUCUUCAAAGAAACAUAAAACAUGCUACAAGUGAUAUAGAGACUGCAAAGGAUUAUAGUCCAAGAACACAAUUUUUGCAAUCAGUGGAAGAGAAAUAUCGAUAUAAUGAAGGAUCUGUUGCUUAUCAGCCAUACAAAUAUGAGUUAAACAAACAGUGGCAUAUUGCAACAACUGAAAACAGACACAAUAAGGGUGAAGAGUGUAUGUCAAGACAACCGCAGCACUCUGAAAUGAAAGCACUACAAUCAGGUGAAUCAAAUUAUGCACACUCCCGAUCAAGGACAUCUUGCACACAGCAGCAAAGCACAGCAGAUUCAGCAAAAACAAGCCAAAGAAACUGGAUAACAGAAGACAGAGCCAAAACCGUUGAACACAAGCCAACCAGUCAGGUAUAUAACAAGCAGGGCCAUAUGAAUACAGGUAAUAAAGUACCAAAUACUCAAAGAACUUCUCAAAAUAGUUCACAAACUAGAGUGGACAGAUUCAACAUUAAUGACAUUCUUUCUGUCAGAGACAGCGAACAAGCAAAACGAAUCAGAGAAAAUAAAUCUGGUUUUAAUUGUAGAGUUGGUGACCCUAAUAAAUUAGAAAAUGUAACUUCUCCGGUUACAUCUGAUGUAGCCGAGGACAUAGCGGCUAAAUUUGAACCAUCUAAACUUCAGUCACGGGCACAGCAAGAUGGAAAUUCCCAAAGCAAGCAUGGAAAUACAAAGGUAUCAAAUGGCUAUGUCAGAAAGGAGUCACAUAUUCCAAACGACGUAAAAGAGAGACUAGGAAAAGAUAUAUUUAUAAAUAAUGAGAAUGAUAAAUUCACCCUAAGAGCACUUUCAUAUAAAGAAAAGGGACAAACCAAACAUGAGAUGCUCACCUCGAAAUUAAAAGCACAUGCUCAGAAGGAAAUAUCAGCAAUUAAAGAAAAAGGCCUUGCUAAACAUGCUAUUCCUUCAAGAAAUCCAAUGAAGCAAAGUUCGGCUAUAAGCAAUGACAAAGGACAAAUAAUCCAGGAAGUUCUGUCUCCACAAAAAGAAAUCACUGCAGAAAAACUGAAUCAUCUUUUUCAAGACAUUACUUAUUCAAGUGUCCCCUUAUACAAAGAACAAAGAAAUCAAGGGAAGGGUGAGCCAAAAAAUGAAUCUCUUACAGCAGAGAAAGUGGAAUUGCAUACAAAAGAAAUGGGCUCAGAGACAGACAAAGUUACUACUGAGAAAGAAAGGACAAAGAUUCCAAUGGUAAAAUAUCAAGAGGUAAAGAUUACAGAUGUGGACAAGAAAAACUGUGAAGCCCAGAAAUUUGUUAAAAAUUACGUUCACCAGUCAAACAUGCAAUCUAAAGAAAAUCAACUUAUUAAACCUAGCACAGACAAUGAGGAAGUGCGAUCUACAAAUGAUUAUGUUGUUGCAAAUGGAAAAAAUCCAGCCAAAAGUUUCUCAAGAUCUCCAAAUCUCAGGGAUUUUAACAAUGAGGAAUCUAUUGUCAAGAAGGAAGAUAAGACUUCAUCUAACCUGCCCAAAACAUGCACAUCAAAUGACACAGAGUACUCAUCAUUUAAACAGGAGGUCUUAGUAAAAACAGACACUAACCAUCGUAUACUAUACAACAUUUCAGGCGAAGCUUUAACCCUUGAACGCUCUGUUAACAAAGGAAAAGAACAGCUGUCAAAUGUCAACACAGCUAAACCUACUGUUGAUAGUAAUGCAGCUUCUCAGAAAUGCUAUGACUUGGCACAAGCAACCAAAAGUAAAGAUGACAAAAGAAAAGAAAGCACUUUAACUUUAGCAAAUGCAAGAGAGCUUGAAAUUAACACUAGACAAGAUGAAACUCCAACAGACUGGAUGAAAGAUAACGUACCUGCUGUUGAGAAGACAAUGGAAUUUACAGAAACUGCUUUCUGUAAAACUGCUUUCCUUAAUAAACAAACAGUAAACACUGAACAAGUAAGUGAACAUCUUCAAAGUGGAGCAAGUGAAAACCAACCAGUGCUUUCGGAGAUUUUACCAAAAGCCAGUAAUCAGAUGUACUGUAAGCCAAAUACAGAACCCAUAGAAAAGGAAACAUGGCUAGAACAAGUAAACAUUCAAGCAGAGGCUAUCCAAACUUGUAAAACAAAUGAAGAUGCUUCUCUUCAGCAACUUCAACAUACUGAGGCUCAUGCUAGAAAAGAUUUGGGAUCUCAAACAAAUUUAAGCUUAAAUAAGCCAGUCAGAAUGAAGCUCGAUUCUUCGGAGGAGUACCAAUAUUCUCCGCAUCCUGAACCACAAACAAAGCAGCCGCACAGCGAAAAUAGUGAAGUACAAAAAACUGUGUCUCAAUUACAGUUAAAUACCAGACAGGAAAACCAAAAUCAGCAAAUAAUAAGGGAUAAAGAAAUAAACGAAGACAACAAUCAGCAACUAAAAGACAGUGAAAGUGACCCAGACACUGAACAUCAUACCCAAAAGGCAAAAGCUUUCCAAGAACAUAUAGAAAGUGCACCUAUGGAAACAAAACAGUCCAAUGAUGACAUAAGAAUAAAUAAUAGUGAUAGCUUACCAUGCAGUGAACAUGAGAAGUCAGAAGAGAAGAUUUUCAUGCCAAACAUUACAAUAAACGGUAAGGAUCAACAGCUCAGUGGCCACCCUGCUAAUGACCAAAGUACUGACAUUACAAAUCCAGUACCUGAAAGCCACGUCAUUCAUAUUGCAAGCAAGGAGGACAGUUCACCAACAAAUGAGCCUGUAAUAUACAGUAUAUGUGUUUCAAGCACAUCAGAAGCUGUUUCAGAGGAUGAACCUAUAAUCUAUAGGAUUUCUGUAUCAAGCCUAUCUGAUGCUUCCAUAAUACCUGGUCCAGAAAACCAGGAAAAAUAUCAAAAACAGCUUUCAGUAGAGCAAGUAGAAAAAGACGACAAAGAAACAUUUGGCAGUAAAAAUAACGAAAGUGAGUUCCUUGAAAGUAAAGAGGAGAGUAAAGACGUGAAAUUGAUUUUAAACAACAAGAUGGAAGAAGAAGAAACUGUGGUAAGAAAAUGUGAUUCUCCUACAAGCAAAGAUAAACUUGAUUAUUAUAGAUCUACCGAGGUGGACAAUAUUAGUUCAAGUUAUAAGAGUCUCUCGGCCAAAUAUGGGCUUCCUAAUGGAGAUACAAUUCAUGUGGAGUCAGACCAAAAAGAGCAGGAUAAAAAUCAAGGAAAUGAAAAGGAUGAAAAGGAAGAAUCUAUCCAUAACGCUUUACAAAAAACACAAAAUAAUACAAUUGAUAAAGGCCGUUCGCCUGUGGAGAAAUUGACAUCAGCUGAUUUCACUAAAAAGCAUUCUCCAGAAUCCAGAAAAUCAAAGUCUCCAGAAGACUCCCCUGAACUUCUCAGUAAUGCUGAUAAAACCCAUGAGCAGAAUGAUAGUCUUUCAGAGCAAGAGCUUCAAAUAGCUAAUGAAGGAUGCAGAGCUGAAGGUGAUGAAGUUCUCUCUGAUAGAAACACUAAAGAGGAUGUAUCAGCAAAUCAAGAAGUCCUGAUGUCAAAGGUUGUACUAGUUUGUGAAGACUUUAUGGAUACUCAGUCAGCAAAGCAAAUAAAGGAAAAUGGAAAUGUUCAACUGAAGGAAAACAAGCAAGUCGGACAGAAUGUACAAAAGAUGGAGACAGGACAAAAUGAAAAUGAUGUUGAUGUAGUUAACAAAAAUGCUGAGAUGGUACACGUAAAAUGUGAGACUGAUUCCCAACUUACACCUGGAUUUAAUUCUUCUAACAUCAACAAUAAAUCACUCAAACACACAUGUAAUGAUUCGUCCCAACCCAGUUCUAAAGUUUCUACAAAUGAUUGUCAGAUCAGUAUUAAAACCCAAAACACAGGAAUGUCCUCAUUUCAAAGCAGUCAGAAUGCAAUUAACCAAACAGGUAAUACAAAAAGCCCCACACUCAAAUACAGGACACCAGAAGAAUGUGUAGUAGAUGCUCUCAAACAAGAGAAAGCAAGCACAGAACACCUUCAAAGCAAAGACAAGACGGCUUUACAAAGAAACAGAAAAGAAAUGGUCAACAUGAGCAAAUUCCCAGAACUUGAGCAAGCCAAAUUCGUGAAAAGCAACGAAGUCAAUGUCAGUAGGGUGAAAGAUUCACAGAAAGAAAUUUUAAAUUUCAAUAAUGAACAGACUAAUGAGAAUGAUAGCAGUAAUCAGAAUCAAAUCAAAUAUGCUUUUCCUGCUGGAAAGACAGAUCAGAGUGUAUUUACACAGCCAGAUAUUCCACUGGAAGAUAAAGAAGAGCAUAAAAAUGACAUAAAGAGCCAAACAAAGACUGUACGUACCAGCAUUGCUGCGCCACCUAAUAAGGAAAUGGAAAAUGAUCAAAAUAAAACGUCUGCAAAUGCCAUAACAAAAGCAUCACCAGCUCUGGGCGUGACAGCUGAUGACAUAGCAAUGUCUGAAAAUGAGAAAUGGAAAAGGAAACCAACACAGAAGGAGAGAGAAAUCAUAAGAAAUGAAGUCAUGCCAUUAAAUAAAGAUUCCAAGACAGCAUCUUCUGUAAUUAAAGGUAACAAAGGUGAUGCAGAAUGUGAAUCCAGUAAAAGUGAAAAAAAUCUUAAAGAAGCAAAAACUCAGCCACAAAGCAGUGGAAAAGUUUUACGAGACAAACACGAUCAACUCAGUAAUGUGUACAAUCCAGAGAAUGAAGCUUUUCCAGAAAAAAAGGGAAAUAAAUAUGAUGGAAAAAACACAUUUGAGUCUAAUCCACACAGUAAGUAUCAUGAUACAGUUCUUUCAAAACAAGAGGGAAGCUUCACUAAGUCUGAGGUUACACAUAGGGAGAAGAAAAUGACUAGGCCGGAAAUAUCAGCUUUAGCUGACUAUGCUAGGCUGAGGGUUAUCUCUGCUGAAGAUGACACCAUUACAGAAAAGGAUUUACUACAAAAAAUGAACACAUAUCAGAAGUAUAAUUUAAAAACUGGAGAGCCACAGAAAGCAAAUUCUUCCAUAUCUUUGCAUGAUACAGAGCAAAGCAAACAACCAUCUGUAAAUACGAUUUCUGAGAAUUUGAAUGCAACAACACCUUUACGAGUCCACGAACGACGAACGUACAAAAUUACAGAUGAAAUACUUGUGGGCCAUCAACAGUGCUUGCCCAGGGGUGAAACUGUUGCAUAUCCAAAGGUUGGGUCAUUGGCUAAAAGUUCAGAUGAUAGAGUAUGUGCUGUAAAAGAUACAGAAAGCACCAAAGAAAAGACAUUAACCAACCACAUUCAAUCCAACACCAAACGAUCUUUGACUGCACGGGAAUACAGAUAUUCAAGAAGCCAUGAAGUGCAUCAACCGGAAAAUCCUCAAGCUCUUCAUGCUGUACACACACAGAUAGAGAGCAAAAAUGAACCCAAGACAAAACAGUCACCUAAUGCAAACAUGCUGGAAAAGAACGUUUAUCCUCAAGUGAAAGAUUCACAGUGUGAAGCACAAGUGUCUGUCGAAACCGAACUUAACAAUGCAAAUAGACAUGCAGAUAACCAAAUAAAGGCAGAAGUGAAAGAUGAAGAAACAUCAGAGGAGUUACAGUACUACAUUGUCAAUGCAAUCGAAAGUGAGACAAAACCUAAAAAUAAUCAUGAAACACAUUCACUUAUCUUUUCAAAGAAAGACUUAACUGAAAAUCCUGCAACAGCAUCACGGUCCAACACUUCUUCUCCAGCCAUGGGGAAGCCCAUUUUGUUCAGAGUGAAAGAUAACACAGGUAAAACCUCCUCAGUUACUAAAACUGUUAGGCCAUGCUUUCACAGAUCAUUCUCUGAGGAUUUCAGCAUCUGCUCCCCAGUUGACAGCUAUCAUGGUUCAGAACAUGUGGAUUAUGAUAAUGAGAAUAAUCCAAAAGAGUCUGAUACCUCACCAGUUUUGCAAUCAGUGACUUCGCAUCGACUCUCUAGUGCAAAAGAAAUCCAGGCUCGAAACAGACUGUUGUCACCAGGAUUCAUGGCACCCAGAGAACCAAGGAGCUACAACAGAAGAAGCCACGUUAUUGAAGGGGAUGAAUCUCGGUCACUCAUUAGCUCAGUAUCUGAUAAUGCGCAAGGUUUAGCUACUAGUUCAGUAGUAAUGACAAAAAGUAGAGAUUUUGACACUGAACAUAUGAGACGUACCUAUGCAAGGCCAGAAUCUUCUUGUUAUGAAAGACCAGAAUCAGCCUGCUAUGAGCGACCUGAAUCUGCCUGCAGUGACAUGAGACCAGCAAGCAAGCCACCUUCUGUUCCUCCUAAAACGGAGAAAGCCCUUCGUCGUGCUAAAAGGCUCACUAGCAGGAGAACCAGACAGGAAGAGGACAAGAUGGCAUCUGAUACUCAAGUACAAUCUGAGUCCAAGUCCAUCCGAACUGUCUCCAGUCUACCUGCUUCACCUAUGGUGCAAAUGUCAACAUCUCAAACAGUACAGGCUUCACCUCCGAUAUCGCAUUAUCACGUUGAACCAAAUUAUGCACCUCCAGCACCUACUAUUGUGGCUCAUUCUUUCCCCAUGACCCAAAGAAAGUUCUUGCAGGAUCCAAACUCUGGGCAAAUCUUCAUGGUGGACAUGCCAGUGCAGGUCAAGACAAAGACAUUUUUCGACCCGGAGACAGGAAAAUAUCUUCAGCUCAAUGUGCGUCAGAAAGCCCAGAGCACCUUAACUCAACCAGCAUCACUGGAGGUGUUGGGUCACCCGUAUGUGGUGUACCCAGGUUUUCUGCCAAUGUCUGUUUCUGUCUCAUCCAUACCCUCUGUAAGGUCAUCAUCCCAGAUGUCAGCACCAGCCACACUCACAGAGGACCUGAACCGCCUAAAAGCAAGUCAUGAACCAAGUGAACAGGAGAUCUUUGAACGAGAACGUCACAGAAAUGUUCAACAGCACAACAGACCUGUGUAUAGAACAUGUGAACAAACUCACAGAGAAAGUUUGCACAAUGAAAAUGUCAGAAUGACUCCAAGGCAAACACAUAUCAUAAAAAUGAGUGAAUUAGAGGACUUUGCAAUAGAGAACACCUGAUGGAUGUACACUUGAGCAACUUGUUCACAUAUAUUUCUGACUUUGUGAAUAAGAAACAUAUUUAAGGAUUCAUUAAAUACAAAAAUUUGCCGUUUGAAAAUGAGAUGCAAUUUUUCUUUGCUAUAAGAUAAGCAGUACUAUUUAUUUUAGAAAGGAUAUAUGCAUUCCAUUUUAGAAGUCAUUUCUAAACACAUAUGUAAAUGUCUCACAAAUCUCUCCAGUCUUAAAAGAGUCAUGUUCAUUCAACGAGAAAAUUUAGAAAAUGACAUUUUGGA